AUGGAUAAAAUAAUUGCUUCUGCUACAAGUGUAAAGGAGAAACUAAAAGCGCUUGAGUAGAGCUAUAAAGUUUUGAACUAAUAAGAAAUUGAAGGAGUAUAUAAACACAUACACACAUUAGGAGAAGACUCUUUGGUAUUAUUGGAUUAAGUAUAAAAAAUUAAUUUUGGAUACAUUUUUAAUGAUUUACAAUUAUUUAAGAGAGUAAGUGAGAGCAUAAGAGAAUUAGAUCAAAUUUGUAUUUACCUUAAGUACAUAGAUAGAAAUUAUGUAUAAAAAGCAUAUUUGAAAGAAUUGGGAUUCUAAAGUGAAAAGCUCAUUAUGGAAUUUAGAUAGAAAGGAAACAUUUUAUAAAAGAUGCAUCUUGAUACUUAGGAUCUAAAAAUUUAGAGAUAGAUGAUUGAAAUGAUAAUAAAAUUAUGUCCAAAAGAUUUAAGUUUUAAUCCUGAAUUGUUUUAAUUAAUGUUAAUCCCAUUCAAAUGUUAUUAAUAAUUAAAUCCUAAAGAUAAUGAUUUAUUAGACAAUCUAGCAAGUGUUUUAUUAUAGUAAUGUAAUGGACAAGGAUAAGCAAAUCAAAAUUAAGUACAUGAUUGGUUAGUACUAAUUAGUGGAAUUAUAUAACAUGCUUAUGAAGGAAAUACAUAGGGAUUACAUAUAUUAUUAAAGAAAGUAAUAAUAUUAAUAUAUAAAAAUAGAUAUCUUAAGAUUAUUUAAGUGAAUUAUUAAUUAGACAUAAAAAUUAUAUGUUAGAUAAUUACUUUAAGAAUUCUCAAGAUACAAUCAAAAUAUUUUAAGGAUUGAUAUCUCAUACUAUUUGUUAAGAAGCCAUUUUUAUUAUUAAAACUGUGAGUCAAAUGUUCUAUAAUAUAGUGAAAGAUUAUAAUGAUAGUUCUUAUUUAGAUAUACUAAUAGAAGUAUAUAAAGAAUUUAUUCUUACUAAAAUAUUAGAAAAUUUAUAAAUGAUAUCACUCGCUAUAGAUAUUUUAGAUCUUUUGCUCUUCUACAUAAUAGGAAUGUCAUCAAUAGAUUAAGAACCAUUUUUACGUUCUAUUAAUAUAAUGAUAAAUAGUUUAACAUUAACAGCAUCUUUAAAAUUUUAAUCAAGAGAUUUUAUAACACCUAGAUAUCAAUUUUUGUAAAUUAUUAGAUAGAAUUAUCAUUCAUUAAAUUAAAUUGAAGAAUUUUAGAGAAUUUAUACAAUUUUUAAAGAGAAAUCAUUUGAAUAAAAUAAAUACAUUUCAUUAAGUAAUUAUUAAUCUUGGGAAUUUUAAAAUCUAAAAAAUUAGAGUCCUAUUAAUUAUUCUUUAUAAUAAAGAGAUUCUAAAGAUUUUGUUGGAUUAGAGAAUCUUACAAAUACUUGUUUUAUGAAUAGUAUUCUUUAAAGUUUAUAUAUGACAGAAAGUUUUAGAAAAUUAGUAUUAUAAAUGAAAUUUCCUAAUUCAAUUCUUUAAUUUACACCUUAAACAUCAUAAUGGAGUUGUCUAAAAAAACUAUUUACAUAAUUAACAUAUUAAAAUUAAGGUUAUUGUUCACCAUAUGAAUUGAAACGAUCAUUGAGAUAACCAUAUCGUAAUACAAAUGAUCAAUAGGAUGUUGGAGAAUUUGUUCAUCAUUUUUUGGAAGAUUUAUUUGAUGGAACAUCAAAUGAAGCAUUUAAAACUACUAUUGGAAAUUUAUUCUUUGGAUAUUAGAGACAAAUUAUAAAAUGUUAUAAUUGUGUAAAACCCUAACCAAAUUAUGGAUAAAAAGAAAAAUUCUUAGGAAUUGAUUUGCAUUUCAAUAAAUUAAAUGAUAUAAAUAUUAUAAGUAUGAUCAAAAAAGCAUAUGAAGAAGAAUAAAUUGAAUUUACAUGUGAAAGAUGUAGAUAAAAAACAAAUAAAAUUUAUAAAUCUUAAUAAUUACUUUAAUUACCAUCUGUCUUAUUUAUGACACUUCAUAGGUAUAUAUUAUUAUUCAUUUAUUUAUUAAGAUUUACAUAUGAUUAAAAUAGCCAAACUAUGACCAAAAUAUUAGAUAAAGUUCCAUUUUAAUUUUAAAUUGAUUUUAGAGAAGCAUUUCCAAAUAAACAUCUUAAUAGUUAAGAUAGUGUUUAUAAUCUUUAUGCAUUCAUAGUUCAUUUAGUAUUACUUAAUUUUUUAUUUAUUUUAAGGGUAAAAACAGUUACUCUGGUCAUUAUAUAUGUUAUGCUAGAUAAUUAAAUAAACCUGAAACUUGGAUUGCUUUUGAUGAUACUAUGAUUUCGACAUUUUAAUAUAAUAGCAAAUAAUUGGAUGAAGAAUUGAUGUAUUAUGAAUAUAUUAUUUAUUUUAAUAGAGUUGAAGAGGCACCCUACUUAUUGUUUUAUUAGAAUUAAUCAGGAUAGCCAUUGAUAUUUAAUAAUUGA